AUGGGCGACUUGGCAGAUUUUUCCUCGUUCCAAAAAAGCUUCACUGAUGCUUUGAAGAGCACCACCCUCUCAGUAAAUCGGAUAGCCUCAGAGGACAUCAAUUUCCAUCGAAAUUCGAGCCAUGAAUUUGCCGAUGAUCUGGACGAACAGAGCUCGCGCUUGCUCUCGCUAACCACCUCGCUCCUCAAGGCCGCGACUGGCGGGACAGACAUACAGGCGCCGGUCCUCGAAAACGAAGACGCGGUGGAAGACAAUUGGCGAGGCGUGGUCGACGUGAUCGACAAUCUACUGGAAAAAGCCGAUGCGUGUUUGGAUGAGUUUACUGGCGUCAUCAAGAAGUUGAGCCCUCCGCAGCAAGACCGGCCGCCUCGUGAAGCAAAGCCCUUCCCGAGUGUCUAUGACUAUGGACCGUCCAAGAUUCCAAAGCCUCAGCUGCUCUUUCGCACUGCGCCGAAUAACCAGGACUUGUCUCCGUUCCGCCCUCUUCUGUCAUCUAAACCCAAUGCGAUAGUGCCAUUGAAGAAAUCUCUUCAAUUGGUCGACGGGAAAGGAAAACCGGCAUUCUAUCCUAAUCCGUAUGAAAAAGAGAUCCGCGAGGCGAAGUACAGCGAGUCGGCUUACGUUGUUGCGCCGCCGACUGAGUUCGGUCCCGUCGAAACGACAGAGGCUGUCUGGGUCGAUACACAAGAAGGCCUGGCCGAAAUGAUCAAGGAGCUCAAGAAAGCAAAGGAGAUUGCUAUUGACUUGGAACAUCACGAUGUGCACUCGUAUCAUGGGCUGGUGUCGUUGAUGCAAAUCAGUACGCGCGACAAGGAUUGGGUGGUGGACACUCUGCAACCGUGGAGAGAGGAUCUGCAGCAGCUGAACGAAGUGUUCACUGACCCCAAGAUCCUAAAAGUCUUGCAUGGCUCCACAAUGGAUAUUGUCUGGCUCCAAAGGGAUCUGGGGUUGUACGUUGUGGGCAUGUUCGAUACUUAUCAUGCUGCCGUGGCUCUAGAGUAUCCCAAGCGAAGCUUGAAGUUUCUUCUUGAAAAAUUCGCCAAUUACGACGCGGACAAGAAGUACCAAAUGGCCGACUGGCGUCUCCGGCCAUUGACUGAGGAGAUGUUGAAAUAUGCUCGAGCCGAUACACAUUACCUUCUCUACGUAUACGACUGCAUGCGCAAUGAGUUGGUGGAGAAUUCAAGCCCUAAAAACAAUCUGGUUGAUUAUGUUCUGGAACGAUCAAAAACCGAAGCUUUGCAACGUUACGAACGGCCCGUUUAUGAUGCUGCCAGCGGGCAGGGUGCUGGAGGUUGGUACGAUCUCUUAAGCAGGAACUCUGGGUUUUUCUCAAAAGAGCAAUUCGCUGUCUUCAAGGCUGUCCAUGAGUGGCGAGACCAAGUUGCUCGAGCAGAAGAUGAAGGUGUGCAAUGUGUUUUCCCAAGGCAUGCACUAUUCAAAGUAGCUGCGGCGAUGCCCGUCGACAAGCAUACUCUCUUCAAGACACUUUCCCCUGUGACUUUGAUAGUGAAGAACAGGAUAUCAGAGCUGUUGGAGGUCAUCAAAAAGGCGAAGAUUGAAGGAGCUACAGGUCCCGAGCUACGUGACGUUAUCAAGCCUAGGAAAACCGUAGCGGAAGCUGCUGCUGCUUCAUCAAAAUCACCACCUCCCGCUGUCGAAUCGGUCGACAAACUGUAUAGUGAUAAUAUAAUAUCAGUGGUUCGAGCAGAUUCGUCUCAGUUCUGGGGCGCUGCAUUGCAGCCACAGGUGGCGGCUGUGGUACCGGCAAACUAUAAAGUUGCCGCAUCAUUCGAGGCCCUCAGGCUGUCUCUUCCUAUUCCUCCUAUGCCGGUGACAGUGUCCGAAGUGCAACAUACAAUCAAAGAUGUUAGUUCGGCUGUGGCCUCGCCGUCGGCAUCUCCAUCAGUCAACAAAAAAGCAGACAAAAGGGAUGAGAUAUUCACGGUCAAGGAGAUCGCACCCAGACACAAGAGGAAGGUGGCCGAAGACGAACCAGAAGAGUCUGAUGCAUCGUCCACCUCUAGCAGCGGCAGCAGCAGCAGUGAAGAGGACGAUGAAGAGGGCUCUUCAGAGGACUCGGAGGAGGAGGAAGAGGUCCAACAACCUGUCGCCAAAAAGCCACGAAAAGAAGUGACAAAACCAACAAACAAAAAGGAGGAAGACGCAAUUCCUUUUGAUUAUAAUUCCGCAGCUUCCGUGCUCCAUUCACAGGAUUUGGCCGCAGCAGCAUCAGGCAGUGCAGCGUCAGGUUUGGCGAACCAGAAAAAGCCCUUCAACCCAUAUGCAAAGGCGUUGAAUGCGCCAAGUGGUGUGCGGAAGACGAAGAAAGAAAUUGCUGGAAGGGCGUUUACUUUUAACCGAUAG